GCAACGAUGAUCUUCUCUACAUCAUGGCCAAGGUGGGUGGGGAACAUGACAAGGCCUGGGUCAUCGCCGUUGGCAUGAAAAGUGCGGUUGUGGAGGGACUAGCCCCUGUUUCGACCGGACGGUACUGCCCCAGUACAAUGUUCUCCCCAUGUGCCUUCCCGUUACCUCAACUACAUGACCCAAGGAAACAAGUCUGAAGAACCACUCGUUGGAUGUGAUGGAGGAAUCUUGGAAGAACAGGAAAUUCAAGCCGAGCACAGGAUAAGAGGGCCUGAGAUGGGCAAUCCAGUGGACAAAUACUUUAAGAGGAUGAAUGCUUCACAGUGUGCUCUGCAAGUGCUGUUGACUCAACGCUGGUUCAGGGAACUUGAUGAAUGGUUGGAUUCUCAGGGAUCAGCUUGCGAUGCAUACUGCAAAUCACUACCUUACUGGUGUCCAGCAUCAGCUCUGUGUUUUGAUAUUAAGGCAGUGGUAAACUAUGCUUCCUAUAAUGGUGAUGGAGAAGGUGCUUCCAUGGCUGUAGAUUCCUGCUUACGAGCUUUGGACGAUUUCUAUAAACUACUGAAGCAGUCACCUCUGAGUGAUCCAUCAACAACUGAAGCCAUGAAGCGUCAAAUCAUGGUUGCCCUUGGCGCUCUAGACAGCAUCUUGGAAUUUGUACCGCUAAACUGUAUGCCAAGGAGCAUACAGAAGGUGCUUGUAGAUGUCUGCCUGGAACAAAAAGAAAAAACACUAGUAUGUGAACACUGCGAGAAGCCAGGCCUUACAGAGGAUGAAUCUGACGAAUGGCGGCAAUGGGGAUCAGACUCGGGGGACGAAUCGGAUGAAUGGCAGCAAGGGUCAUCCGACUCGGAGGAUGAAUCUGAUGAAUGGCAGCGAGUGGGACCUGACUCGGAUGACUCCCUAGAGACCCGCGGGGAGAAGCAGGCACAGGUUCUGGAUCGCCGGUCGGGGCACUCGUAUUGGCUGUAUUUUGUUUCCUGCGUAUAUUGGUAGUGGUGGCCGCAAGAGCGUUGAGCCAUCCCACUUUAAUGU